AAUGUCAAUGAAUAGGAUUCCAAAUCUUGUAGCGUAACUGAUGUUUAAAACAUCUGUUUUAACUGAAGUAGUCUAACUAAUCUCUGACUCAUCACGUUUAACAUGACUGGGAAGCGAGAUAAAAAGCUAGAUGAAAUGAGGGAAAACUUUCGCAAUAAUAUUGCGGCUGUUUUUGCUUCUGUCGAUCGAAGCCGUGAUUCAUUCACCAUGUCUCAGUUUUACGAAGUGUUUGAAUCAGUCACAAAAGAACAGUUUCCAACCGGUCAAUCUCUUGGCUUCUCAAAUGAUCAGGAUAUGUUCCGUUCGGUGGGGGAUAUUUGCAAGUUGGAGAUUUCAGAAGGAUACGUCAGGGUGCGAAAGACAUGGCCCGAACAAGCUAGGACUCUGGGUACUCAAGGGAGUCUAUCGCAAAAUAUCCCAGGAAGGCAAGCUGCGCGAAGGAACACAGUCACGAGUCAAUCUUCAGAUGACGAUGUACAAAUAAUAUUCGAUCGGAACUCAAAUGGGACACCUGUCAAUCAUGGUUUCUCAAAUCAGCAGCAGCAACCACUACAACAGCCGCAGGAACCGCAACAUCGACAACAGCAGUUCGGAAGUCAGCCGUUCCAGAAAUUGCCACAAGAGUUAAUGCUAGGCAAUCAAAAUACAGCUAGGUAUCCAGUUGGAGGUUUUAACGGCCAUCAGAAUGUUCCUAUGAGGCCUCUGGCUCAGUCGUAUGGGAUGGUGGGCUUUCCAAAGAGUGUGUCCCAGUUACAGAGACCGAAUUCGAACCGGAGCAGCCCUCUAAUGCCGCAGCCAAUUAGACCGCUUAUGGGAAGCCCAUUUGAUCACCACGCAAAUUUGAAUGCAACCUCUAUUCAUAGUAGUUCUAUUAGUUCUAUUUCAAACGAGUUUCCGUUGAUCACAAACAGUGCUCUGAAUGUUUCAAACUGUCAAAAUAGUUCAACAUCGCCGAAUAGUCUCAAUAAUACAACAUCGGCAGCAAUUCCGAAAGAUCCCAGUCGUCAACGAUUGAAGACAUUCAGAGAAGAAGUGCAAUUCUUCCGCGUUGAGGAGCAGAGACGUCUGGCAGAAGAAGAACUGAUCGGUCUGUUGGGUCCGCAGAAGUAUUCUUCUAUAAACAAAAGUCGAAAUUGGGCUAGUUUGAAUAUUUCCGACUACUGUGCGCUGGUUGACGAGCACCGCAAUAAUCGAACAGUCACGGAUGCUAAUUUAGGAAAUGUGGAUGUGAGUGCUGAUUUACAAAACCAGCAGGAGAGAAAAACUAGGACAAGUCUUUCUGCAACUCCUCCGCGUCCUACCGUAUCGUCAACAUAUACUUCUCCGCCUCUGCGUUCUGUUGGGUCCAAACAGGGUGGUGGGUCUGCUCUUAGGAGUGGCAACAGACGUCAUAUGAAUUCACAGGGCGAUUCUCCUGAAUUUAUUUGUCUAAAUGACAAUCCGAGUCUCCCGGCUGCCCCUGGAAUUGGAGAAAAUGAUGUAAUCAUGCAGACGGUUGACAAAAUAGAAAGGGGUGAGGUCAUGAGUUCUCAGGCGAUUCUGCCCAACAGUGUGAUCACCCAGCCAGACUUGGACACUGCUUGUAAAAUCAUCUUGCAGAACAUGUGUUCAAAUGGGGAGUUUGUAUGUGCUCCUAAAGUGGAAAAGGCGUUGCUUCACUACUACCGCAAGAAGAGCCUGGCGGACUUCAGAAUUGGAAAUGUGAGGCACGUGAAUCAGAUUGCAUGUCUGAAAGAGCUGAGUAUGAGAGAGCGCAAGGUCAACUUGUAUAUCGACAUCUACGUGGAGCUGAGAAAUGUCUGCACCAUCAGAGAUCUGGAGACUCUUCUGGUUGCAUUGCCGACGCAUCCGUCUGAAGCGACUCCCUCUUCAUCCAGUGCAACUCAGAAACAGACAUUCGAGAGUGUAUAUCAGAUGGGGCCCCUUUAUAAGAACCCAGUUAUAUACGACAAGUUCAAGUUCCCCACCGACGGCUCAGUCCAACCCCAGAAUCUGACCUCGAGUAUGGUCGCUUCGCAUUUUAGAGACUAUCUGGUGAAGAAUAAUUUAUGGGCUACACGGGAGUUGCAGACCAAUGAUUUCCUCAUGUUUUUGGCAGAUGCGUUGGAUGUUGUCAACCCCUGGCACAUCGGAAUCAGAAUAAUAUCUCUGCCUCUGCUAAAAAGUGUUUUGAGCAGAGCUCAGGCUGAUGGGAGACGAGAGACGGAGAAGAUAGCCAAUCAGAACGUUGAGUUGCUGUUGGCUGAUAUGCGAACCGAAAUAACCGCCAUACGAUGUCAAGUGGCGGCGUCUCUUCAUAUUAACACCAACUCUGUUUUCGCUUUUAUCCAGCAAGUCAAAUUGAUGAACACUGCCGAAGUUCUGAAGAAGUGUUACAACCUUUGCAAACCAAUUUUCAAGUACACCGCACAAAGUUCAAGUAGCGAAGAGAAGAAAAAACGGAAAAAGUUUGCCGAAGUUUGUCAGAGUUUUGAAAACUUUUUCGACAUUUGUCGCACUAAUCCGGUGGCCGAGGCGCUGUUUGAGUUCUCCCUUUUAGUCAGUUCCAAAAUAGGCGACAGCAAAGUGGUCUCGGAGGCUAUCGUGUUUGUGUUGGACAAUCAGGAUCUGUGGCUGGAAGUUGUUCGCUACUGCCCGAAAGAGUUGGGCUGUGAGCUGUUUUUCAAGGACUCCGUGGCAAACGGAACGGAGACAGAAGUGGUUGAUUUGGUGUCCGAUGAUGAAGAGAGGGGUGGGUCAUCUUAUCGGAACAAACAAACGAUCAAGUUGGAAUGCGCAACAGGAACUGAAAAAGAGGAAGAAGCGGAGCAAUUUCUGAUGUCUCUUCUAACAGAAGCUAAAGGCACAGACGCGAACAACUCUGUCUCAUUGGAACAGUUGGAAGCCAUCGAGCAACGAGUACUCAACUCGAAGUUUCAAAAAGUUUUGGAAAAAACUACCAUGCUUGAAUUCAUUUUUUCCAACCAAAAUUUACAGAGAGCUUUCUCAGAGUCAAUUGGAAAUGACAAUAAAGCAGUUAAGAAUAUUUUCGAAAAUAGCUGUGGACUAAAUUUGAAAAAAUUGAGAGAAUUUGUUCAGAAAAUCGAACCAGAAUCAAGUGUUGAACAAAUAAUGGAGUCUUUGAAAAGAAGCUUUGACCUUGAAACAGAGCAUGACGAGGAUAUAAGACAUCAAGUCGAAGAAAUGAUUGAGAUUCCUUUUGAUGAAACUGAUGACGUGAUUCCCUACGCGGGAUCUUUUGCAACCUCGGUUGACCUGUCAAGUUCUGUCAUGGAGGAAAAAGAAUUGACCCAGCUAGCUUGGAGUAAAAUCCUAGAAAUCGAACAUCUCGAAAGUAUAUCGUCUAAAAUUAAGUGGAGCGAGUUUUUCAGAGCAACUUUGGGUAGUUUGGACAAAUUUUUGAAACAAAAUGACAGCUUUUUCCGAUCUAAAAACGUGAAGUUUUUGCGUCUUGAUGAUUUCGAAGUGGUUAAAAUCCCGUUCGAGUGUUCUUACGAAGCCUGCCGCAAAUCUGUUGAGAGGCAAAAUGGCAGAGAGUUUUCAGCUCUGCUUGUUUCACUGAUAAUUUCAACAGGUGGUGUGAAAAGUUUCCCAUUUCAGUUAUGUCAAUCCGAACUUCAUGCAUCUUUCAACGUUUUACUCCAGCGAAAUCUGCUACAUGAGUUUAUUGCGUCUGCUGUAAGCGUUUUGCCUUUGAUCUAUGUGCCCCCUAUUUUUUCAAACUUGCUUAAACCUGUUGCCGAGAAGGUGGGGUUGUGUGAUUUGGAAUCGAAAAUGAUGGAUUGUGUGAUAGCUGAAAAUAAUUCUUCCAAAUUAUUAAAAUUGGCAAUGGUUGGAAACGUGAUGGGCGAAAAACAAUGGGUAUCUGCGCUAAUUAACGAAUCAAAUUGGCAUGAUCAAUCUGUUGAUUUAAGUGUUGAAAACAAUCAAGAAACCGACCGAACUGGUUUUAAAUUUAGUCUGAGCGGAUCAUUUGAAAAGAGGUCAAGUCCAAUAGCUGAAACAUCAUCGGUGCAGACAACUGAAAAAGAUUCAGCUGAUGUAACUUCAAUCACAAAAUCGGACAAAGAGCAGAUUGAGUUGAGGAUUAAAUUGGAUAGAGAAGAAAGUUGCAGGAAAAUAGUUGACGUUAUUUUGAACGAAGAGUUCGGCGAGGGCAUCGAAAUGAACAGCGAAGCCCGAGUUCUAUUGGAAAAACAUCAAGAGCGAAUCGGCAGGAGCUUAGAGCGACUUUCAAAAGAACUGUACUCUCAAGACGUGCAUUUUAUCCUUGAACUUAUUCAGAAUGCCGACGAUAAUAAUUACAAUUUGAACGUUGCAGAUUCAAAUUUAGAGCCGACGUUAAUCUUCGCCCUCGAUUCGCAGAAACUAACAGUGUUUAACAACGAAACCGGCUUUGAAUCUCAAAACAUCAGAGCUUUGUGUGACGUUGGCAAAACGACUAAGGGAAAACACAGGAAAGGAUUAAUUGGACAAAAGGGAAUCGGAUUCAAGUCUGUGUUCCGAGUGACUGACAGACCGCAGAUCCAUUCUAAUGGAUUUCACAUUUGCUUCGACGUAAAUAACGGGCCUUUGGGCAUGAUUAAACCACUGUGGAUUGACGAAGAAGACACCAUUUUGUCGACUGCUGAGGAAAAGAUGCUAAAUGAGGUAAGUUCAGAUGGUGGGAAAGAUUUCUCAACAAAAAUAGUGCUGCCUUUCUCCACCCAGGAAACGACCAAAUUGGACGCAUUCGAAACUAAAUUGACCCAAAUCGAGCCUAGCUUGUUGUUGUUUUUGAACAAGUUGCAAAAAAUUGUGAUACAUUUCGAUACUGCUGGAACGAUCGUGGACGAAAACAAUGUUGAUGUUGCGAAAACAAAAACAGUGGUCUUCAAAAAACGAAAGCUAGUUGACAACGUUGUUUGCAUAGAGUCGGCAAAAGCCUCCCAAUUUUAUUUGCUGCAGACAUUUUCGGUCGAUGUUCCCCUGCAUCUGAACUUGAAGUUAGAGGAAACUGAGAUCUGUUUCGCAUUCCCUUUGGAAAAGUCGUCGGAUGGAAAGACCUGUACGUUCAAUUUCCGCCAAACCCAAAGUGCGUUUGCAUUUUUACCGGUCAGAGAUUUUGGGCUGAAAUUCAUCGUUCAAGCUGAUUUUGAAAUUCCCUCGUCGAGACAGGAUCUAGACAUGGACUCGGCCUUCAACCAGUGGCUAUCUCUUCAAAUCCCGCAACUGUUUCUGGAAAAUAUGAACAGCUUCGUAGACAUUCUGCAAAAUUCGGUGCAUGCUGCAAUCGCAUUUUUGAACUUCCUCCCGCUGCCCAAUGAAACUUUCGGUUAUUUCAAACCAGUGGCUCAAAAGAUAUGCGAGCUUAUUAGAAGUAAGCCAAUUAUUCCUACGGUCGACGGUGGUUUGUGUUUAGCGUGCGAAGCUAUUCAGCUCGGUGAAAAUUUAUUGUCAAGUGGGUUUAUAGAUACUGGACUGUUCACCAGAGCCACCGGAUGGAAACUUGCCCAUAAAGACUUGGAUCGAUUGCGGCCAGCUGUCGUGAAACAACUAGGUCUUCACACUGUUGGCAUAAAUGAUCUUCUAGUCACACUCGAAUACAUUUGCUCAUCCCAAAGUGCAAAUUUAUCCCAGAACGAGAAAAUGGAAACUAUAAAGAGCAUUCUCUUGACGAUGACUGCCAAUUUUAGUCAUCAACUCAACUCAGCUUGUAUUUCAACCUUGAAGAAGACUGAAUUUGUUCCGCUGGCUGAAGAAGAAUGGGUUUCAGUUGAAAACAACCCAGAUUUGUUUUGCAACUCGGAGCAGAAUCAAGUGAUGCUUAGGAAGCUGACUCUUCUAAAAGUGGUCGACCAGAAUCUAUUGCUUGAAAAGGAAAAUAAAAUCAACCAGGAUAUCCAGAAACUGCUGGUCAGAAUCGGGGUCAAGGUCGCGAGCUGCAGGGAGCUGGCAAAGUAUCAUGUAUUUGACGUGCUUUCUAAGAAGGAUACCUGGGCCAAAUUAUCCCACGAAAGCUUAUGUGACUACACCGUUUUUCUCAUUCGUGCUUGGAACGAUGUUUAUAAUUCGGUAGAUCAAGAAUCAAUCAAGAAAUUUUUGAUCGAUUUUCCAGUUUUGACUCGCAAAAACGAAGAAACCAAAAUAGUGCAAGCUUCAGAAGUUGGCACUAACUUGUCUGUUUAUUUUCAUCAUCAUUUCGAGCCGAAAAUAGUUUUGAUGUCGGUUUUUAAGUCGACAAGCUUCAGAGUUUUACACGAGGGAUACUUGAGUUACAAAAAUACAAACCAAGGUUGCACUUCAAAACAGGCAUUUGACUUUUUCUCGCGUUUGGGCGUCACAGACUUUUUCCAAUUUCGAGAAGUCAAGACUGAAAUUCCCUGUGAAGAUGGUUCGACUGAAACUUGCACAGAUUUCGACUGUGAGUUGAUUGAUAUUUUGAAAAACACAACAAACAACGUGACUCGUGCAGAGUAUAUGCAGCUGUUUACGAUAGUCAGUCAUUAUUGGCGUCGACUUAGUGAAUAUCUGUUCGCUAGAAUCAGUGAUGGGAAAUUUGGAACUGUGAAACUUGUUAAUUCGGCACUAGCUAAUGCACUUUUGCAGUCUAGUUGGGUGCCUACGGUUGAAGGUACUAUUCCAACUUUGUCCGUUCCUCGAGAUGUGUUCGUGAACACUUCCGAAGCCAAGAAGCUAUUCAGACCCGCAGAUGUUCAGUUAUUAGAAGCGAAUUUACCUAUCAAUUCGAGUCCAGAAUUUGUGAAAUUUCUUGGCAUAAAUUUGAACUUGACUGCAGAUAUAGUUUUAGAGUACCUGCGAAAAUGUUCACAGGAUGCUUCUUUUGAGACUAGUUUAGAACACAUGGCUAGUAUUUACAAUUUCCUUCAGAAUAAUAUAGAUGAUCGAUGCGAGAUACUAGAAAAUGAGCCUCUUUUUUAUCUGCCGAAUCCUCGCGUAGAUGGUGCGUUCCACUUUGUAACUGUGGACCACUUAAUUAUGGGAGAUCACAGUGGUCUGUUUGAAAAAUACAAACAAGUUUUGAACAAACAUAAAUCACUGAGUGUGUUAAAUGUAACCAUGUUCAGUUCCAUGCGGCCCUACAGGUUAUUGGGACCGUUUUUCGAAGCUGUCGGAGCGUUGGCUGAACCGCCACCAAAAGUGUAUCGCGAGUUAAUGAUGAGCUUAACAAGUUCAAUCGACAUGACGAGAAUAGUUAGUAAGCGUGAGAACAGAAUUGAAGAUCUGUUUCUGCUUAUUUCUCUGUCGGCUGAUCAGAUCCUAGAGAGUGAUGCUUGUUUGCCGUGUAGUAAUGGUAAAUUAGCCUGUUUAGCAGAUGAUCAUCUACUACUACCAGACGAUCAAAGUUCAAUUCCGUACACGAUGUUCGAAUCUCAUGAAGAUUUGAGAAUCAUUCACUCAAGUUUUCUGGAACUGGCGCCUGAGAUUCAAGAAAAAAUCAUGGCUCUGAUUGAUGGUCGUUUCACCUAUUUGAGUGAGGCCAUACAGGAGAAUACAAUCCCCGGCCAGUUAUGGACCUGUAGCGUGGUCCAUAAAUUUGUAUAUUUCGUGACUCCCUUGGUGCAACGAUACAUCCGUAAACGCAUGAACGAGAAAUAUGAAAUUCGGAAAAACUUGCUGAGUAAAAAGUUGCAGUCGUUGAGCUUCUACGCAUGCAAAGAGAUCGAAGUUAUUUAUACAUAUCAGAAUGUGAUUAGAGAGAAAAUGGCAAAGAAUAUUUUCUGCAACGGAAAAGAGUUUUACAUAGGAAGGGAACUUCUGGAGGACUGGAAAGAAAUAUCAAGCGAACUGGCUUCUGUCUUCAGUUUUGGCGACAGAGAUAACUUAGUUUUGUUCAUCGACGGACUAGUAAAGUACUUCAACAAGGAGCCAGGGUGUCACAAUGUUGAGGCGUUUCUGAAGCGCUUCGACAUUCCUCCAAUUCCGUCCUCAGAUCCAAAGUGGAGUGUCUCGGAACCAAAAUACAGCCAGGUGGCGAUAGACCUGGAGAUCAGGCGGAAUACAGGCGACACGGUUGUAACAGAGGAGGAUUUGAGAGCCAAGCGAGAAACGGAACUUGAGAUGCAAACGAAGAGUAGAGUGACGAGGGGGGCUGGUCAGUGGCCCCCUUUGCCCCCCAGAGGGUACACAGUAGGGGGGUUGAGUGGGGAUUCAGUUGGAUACGAGCAGAGUAGCUCUGCACAGGUGGCAGAAGUGCCUCCCCCUCCCAAACCACCUUCAGAAUGGAAGCCGGAGUAUGUUGUGCCGCCCAGAAUGAUAACGGCUGAGCCAAAUCGAAUCAUUGGCGACUCUUCUCUGAACCAGCAGAUGGACAACUCUAAUUCCCCGAAACAUUCAUCAACACCACUAUCACAAGGAGUUCAAUCGGGGUCAAAGUCAGAUGAAGAUGGGAAUACUCUACCGGUGUCUGUGCGUGGUGAAAAACGACCAAGAGAAGCAACUGUGUCUGGAAGUGAGCAGCAGCCCAAUUUCUUGUCAUCAUCGCCCCAAGGAAGCCAAGAGAAGAAACCGAGAUCAUCUGACCCAGAAAUUUUCGCCGAAAAUGACACAGCGCCAGUUGUGAAUAUCUGCAAUGAAGCAGGAAGUCAGGCAUCAUCGGGAACAUCAGCUGGUCGAGAAGAGGGAUUGGAGGGUGGGGAGAAAACGGUCGCAGUUUCAACCACCUCUUCCAGUCUCAACAUGGAAGUCACAUUUCCAAAUGACACCACCUACUUUUCCUCUGUGUCCUGUCAGCUGGAGACUCUUCACUUGUCCAGCAGUGGCAAAACACAACCCCCUUCACAAGACGACCUCAACCAGAUUAUGGCUGGGACAUCAGUGCGUGGUAACAGCUCAGCCGCAGAACACAAGGCCAUUUUAACCGGUCGAUUCGGCGAGCUGUUAGUCUACAAACAACUAUGCGAAACAUGGAAAGGAUCAACAGAAAUCCACUGGCUAAACGAAACAACGGAGCAGUACAGGCCGUACGACAUCUGUGUAACGCAUAAAUCUACGCAGAAGAUAGAUUUUAUAGAGGUCAAAUCAACUUCUUCACCCCAAUGCGAAGUGUUUAAAAUAUCGUCUGCAGAACUGAAAUUCGCCACUGAGAAAGGCUCGAACUAUUUCUUGUUUUUCGUGUUCAACGCUUUAGACCCAAAACCGACUGUCACUUAUUUUUCAAAUUUGCAAAAUAAGUUAGACACGAAUCAAGUUUCGUUGCUGCUGCAGAUGCACAAAUGACGGGGAAGAGUGUGCCGCUAAUAUUUGAAAAAACUGUUAAACUUCUUUUAGCACAAACCUGCGAUCUUUUUGUAAUGAACAUUCAUUCAAUGAUUUAAUUUAAAAUAAAUAUUUUCCCAAAA